AUGAAGUCGACCCGCACGACCGCAAAGGUGCGCUCUGCGUGUCUUCCGUAUAGUACCACGAUGCGCAGCAGUCGCCACACAAGCUCGCUGCUGUCACGAGUCGCCCACAGCGUUGGUGCAGUGGUGGCGAAGGUGAAUCCUCUGCGGCAGCAGCCGUCGCGCGAGGAGCACAGUCCAUCAGGACUUGCUGAGAGUCUACUGUCAUCAGUCGAACCGCCGGUGCUUGCGCCGGGCGACAUCCUGCGCGACCUCGCCUUCUUCACGCACGCAUCGGAAGUGGGCCUCUUUUCUACCCACCCAUCGCUUUGUGCGCGGGUGUUCGGUGUUGUCCCGGGGGACGUCUUCGAGAUUGGUGGCGGCCGUGUCAUCACGUCUAGCAGCGGUGUUGACGCAGAGGCCGGCAGCCGCAUUGCGGGGGAGUUGAUCGUUGUGGUGGGCGCGCGCAGCGGCAGGUUGUGGGUGUGGGCAUACGGCGAUGAGGUGGCGCGAGUACUGCGUGUCCCUUCGAGCACCACCUCUGUCAUGUCAUCGAGUGCCGCAGAGGUGCGAGCCGCCAUUGUGGAGCACUACCAGCUGCGCCAACUCGCCCACCCGUCGCGUCAGCAAUGCAGCGCUGGCGGUGGGGUGGCAGGGGAACCGGAUGGCCAAGUGGAGUUCGUUCGGGCCGUGUGUGUAGCCUUUCAGAGUCUCUGCGCCCGCGCGCACGAGGAGGUGCAGCGGCUGUACACGCCAGAUCAGCUGGCAUUCCUGCAGCGUGCUCCCGACUUGUACGCGGCCGUGACGAAGCGUGUUGAUUGGGUGGCCAGUUCCUCGGAUGCCGCAUCACCCGCGGCGGGAGUGAACUCAGAGCCGCAGCGGCAGCAGUCGGAUCACCCUCACGAGAUGCCGUCUUCGUUUCCCUCGCGUUCAAUCUACGCAGACCUCGCCCGCCACGCACCGCACACCGCCGCGGUGGUUCUGCUGUCACCGCGCGUAUCGCUGGUGACCGGGGCUGUCGGUUGGGUUGGCGAAGGGGACGUCGUGCUGGCCGACUCGCUCGUCGGUCAAGGGGGUUAUGGUGAGGCGUCUCUGUCCGCCUCGGUGGUGAUCUGA